AUGGAUGAGUCCAACAGCCGCUCCGCGCGUUUGAACUUUCAGGUCCCGGCGUUCGGAGGCCCGCCUGCCCGUCGCGACGCACGUUCCGGUCACAUCACACUCGACAACAUCAACGAGUCAGCUAUCCACUCAUACAACCUCGCAUCAAACACAUCAAUCGAUCAUGCCGCUGGAGACAUCCCUUCCGUUCAAGACACCCAUUUGAGCACGCCUCCCGACAAUCUCUCUUCUCAGCGCAACGAUCUCACCGGUGGUAAUCCCAUCCUUGGCGGCUGGGAACUGAGUCUCUUUCACCGCUUGUCCCCAAUCGUCUACGGACAAGGCGAUACAGGUCCAAACGGAGGGCCGAGUGGUAGUAUCCCCGUUCUUGCUGAAGGGGGACACGAUGGAGAAAUCGCUCCCGUCGCCAUCCAACCUACUCGCCGUGAAGGGGUGGUUCUCCCUACAACUUCUUCGGCUGUUUCUCACGAUGCUUUGCAACACCCUUCCCCGCAGUCUGUCGCCGGAGGUAGUGAACCUCUUGACUCGGACUUUGAAGUCUUCUUACCCUUUCCCUCUUUGCCACCUGGUGGCUGGGACGAGCAAGGCAACCCCAUCUUGAACAUCAAUCCGUCUCAGCCGGCUCUUCUUCAACCUUCUUACUUCGAAGGAAUCCCCGUUGAGGCAGUCAUCUCCCAGCGUAAUGCGCAGCCUAUUCCUCAGCCUGCACUUCCUCAACCUGCCCUUGCUGAACCCAUUGGCAGCGAGGAAAUCUUUGCUGAGCAGAAUCAUGCUGAGUCAAUCUCUUCCGACGCUACCCCUGGAGAACAGUCUUUUCAGGAUUUUUUCGAUGACGAGGAAUUUCUAGAGCCUGGUCCGACAUACUCUGAGAUGUUUCCAGACCAGUUUUUCAUUGCUGCACCCUCUGUUCCCAUGCCAGCUCUAGUUGAGCCCGCGCAUGCCAUGGCUGUCAACCUCGAGCAUACAACCACCACUUCUCCAGAGCGCGCCUCGGCGGGUGUCACUUCUUCUGGACAUAAUUCUACCAACGUGGCCUCUGUUCAGUCCGCCUCCAGUGAGCGGAACCGGAAACCCAUCAUCGUUGAGACCCAGUGCCAUGCUCCAGGAUGCGAUGCCAGGGCUUAG